CGCCUCCCCGCCCCCGGCUCCGCAUCGCCGCGGCCGGAGCGCACGCCGCCCGCCCGAGGAUGCUCCGCGCUUUUGUUCCCCCGCCGCAGCCUUUGGGAGGACUCUCGUCCUGACUCGGUGGAGGUUCCUCUCCCUCUUCCCCCAGCCCCUCAUCCCUCCUCGGCGCGGCAGCCCACCCAGGAGGGCAUCGGUAUCAGCCCUCUCCGGUGCGCCGGGGAAGUUGCUGACAUGCCUGCCGCUGGGUCCCGGUGCGGCGGCAGCGGCGGGGAGCCGGAUUUAAAGGGGAAUUGUGCUGCAGACAAUGCACAGCAGCAGCAUCUGGAGCAGCCCUGGGGACUGGAGCUCCGGUUUUGACAUUGCUGCACACACAGCACCAGCCGCAAUGACAGCAGCUGCCUGGAGUGGCUGCAGGCAGCAGGCAGGAGCAUGAAGUAGAGAGAUCACUGCAGUGCUCAAGAUGAACUCCUCUUUGGUUGGCAACCAGAGUGGCCGGCCCUUCUGUCUCCUGGCCAUUAGCUAUUUGGAGACCAUCAAUUUUUGCCUCCUGGAAGUGGUUAUUAUUGUGUUCCUCAUGGUGCUGAUUAUUUCGGGCAACAUUAUUGUGAUAUUUGUCUUUCACUGUGCACCUCUGCUGAACCACCACACCACCAGCUACUUCAUCCAGACUAUGGCGUAUGCUGACCUCCUGGUGGGCGUGAGCUGUCUGGUGCCUUCUUUGUCUCUGCUGCACUAUCCUAUUGUUUUAAGUGAGUCCUUGGUUUGCCAAAUCUUUGGUUAUGUGGUAUCAGUGCUGAAGAGCGUCUCCAUGGCCUCCCUGGCCUGCAUCAGCAUUGACAGAUACAUCGCCAUCACGAAGCCCCUGACCUACAACACGCUGGUUACCCCCUGGAGGCUGCGGAUCUGCAUCUUGACCAUUUGGCUCUACUCCUGCCUGGUCUUCUUGCCCUCCUUUCACUGGGGAAAGCCUGGAUAUCACGGGGACGUGUUCCAGUGGUGCGCCAACUCCUGGAACACCGAUCCCUAUUUCACCCUCUUCAUUGUGGUGAUGCUCUACGCCCCGGCCGCUUUCAUCGUCUGCUUCACCUACUUCAACAUCUUCCGCAUCUGCCAGCAGCACACCAAGGAGAUCAACGAGCGGCGCGUGCGCUUCAGCUCGCAGGACGGGGAGGCUGGCGAGGCCCAGCCCUGCCCGGACAAGCGCUAUGCCAUGGUCCUCUUCCGCAUCACCAGUGUCUUCUACAUCCUCUGGCUGCCCUACAUCAUCUAUUUCCUGCUGGAGAGCUCCAACGUCUACAGUAACCGCGUCGCAUCCUUCUUGACCACUUGGCUUGCCAUUAGCAACAGUUUCUGCAACUGUGUCAUUUACAGUCUCUCCAACAGUGUCUUUCAGAAGGGGCUGAAGCGUCUCUCGGGGGCCAUCUGUGCCUCGUGUGCUAGACAGAGGGUAGCUAAGGACUCCUCUACCUCUAGGAGCAAAAGAUCUUCCAAUGGAUGUCAUGUCUAGGACGCCCGUCAGCUGGACUGGGAAGUGCAGGGACGAUUGCAUAGAUUGCAAAAUAACUUAGAUACGAUUUUAAGAUACCCAGAUUUGCAAAAAGGUUUCUGAGAAAUGCUGCUGACAUAGAAGGAUCAGGAGCACACAGCGUUGUGGUUUCACUUUAAAAAAUGAUUGCUGUGGAGGAGGCUGUGGAGUUUCACCUCCACAUUCAUUUUAAAGAAUAAAGCUGUAUCUUGACACUUACCUCUCCAGCUGGUGUGACUGAAUGGAGUGGGUGUCUGAGAGCUUCGGCAAAAUGUAGUCUUUCUUACAGCUUUACUGGGUUCUUUGGAGAUUCGUGCUUCACAUGUAAAUGAUAGAUCUGAAGUGGAAAUGUCACAGUCUAUGGUAUAUUACAGGGAUUUUUUUAAUAUAUGCCAAAGUAUAUUGACACAAUGUUCCAGCGUCAGAACAGAAGGGGCCAAACAAUUUGUUUUUCAGUGCUACCUAGACAGGACUUGUAGAACAGGAGUGAACAAUGUGAACAUUUCAGUGUGAACUCUGUUAAUGAGCCGUGAGUGCAGCGCUGUGGUCUGGGCAGGCUCACUCCUAGGGCUGGUCUGGCUCCCGUGCCCCGUUUCCCUGGUAGGAUGCAUGUUUGGAUCUGAGUGCGGCAUCUGCGUUUUCCUGUUUGUUGUGAAGUAAGAAGAAAAACUUGGAUCAGACCAAAUUUAGCAGUUAAAUAAAAUGUGUUUUGAUAAGCUAAGAGAAAA